CAGCUGUUUAGUGACUUCCUCUGUUCUGUGCUGUGUAUAAAUUGUUUUUAGGACCUAGGCUAGGAAUUACUGGUUGCACACACUCAGCGCCACAGCUCCACCGACCACCGCCCUUGCAAGGACCCACCAUGAACUCCAAGGACAAGUCCAAGUUCAAGUUGUUCCUCAAAUCGCUGCCGGCAGGUUACGUGGGCGAGCGGACCCUGCGGCCGGAGUUUGAGAGGGAACUGCGUCCGGAGCAGCCGGUGGCCCAGCGCUGCCGGAUGCUGAAAGAGCUGGGCGACACGCAGCUGCACAACUUCAAUCUGGACGAGUCCGCCAUCACCAUUCUGUUCAAUCUCACCAACGAUCUCAUCGUGCCCAACAAGCCGGCAGAAACGCGGCAGAUUGCCUUGAGCUUCUAUAAACGGCUCAUUCACACACAGUACAAGAACCUGACCAUCAUGCGGGAGAAGUUCUUCCUGGUCAUCCAGAACCACGAAGCCCGCGAAGAUCUGCGUCACCUUCUUGAGCUGCUCGACACCCUCACCGACAAUGGGAAGGAUAUCACAAACUUCGAGGAGAAGAUUGGCAAGUUUAUGCUGCUCUGGAUCCCAGCCAUUACGGAGGCCAAUCUGCUUACCCCCUACCUUGACAUUCUGGUCAACCUGAUCAAGUUCAAUGCGGCGCAUCUGGACAAAGACAUCCUUGUGGGCAUCGUGCAGAACGCUUGCGAUCUGAGCUGUAGCGUUACCGUAAACGAAAUCGGUCUGCAGUGCCUCACAAUUCUGGAGAUGGUCAUCGGGUACACCAUCUUCCCAAGCGAACCGCUGCCGCAGUGCAUCACCACCUUGUGCCGGACUGUGAAUCAUGCUCCUUACUGCCCGUCUUCUUUCAAGAUCAUGAAGAACCUCUUGGGCACCCAGUUGGGAUACCAUUCCAUGAAGAUGAUGUGCAGUAUCCUCAACGAUCGAGCUCUUUACGAUGAUGCCCACCUGUUGCGUGGGGCCGUGUUCCAUCUAAACAUGAACAUCUUUGGCUCGAACAUUAUUUUCCAGGUUUCGCCUAUGACCUAUGCAACGAAUGUGCUGACAGCCUUCCUGCGGGCACUAGACAGUCGUCAGGUGAUCGUGACCUUCGAAGUCAUCCUCAGCGUUCGCAUGGUGAUUACCAAGCGGCAGCUUUCAGAGAUCAUUUGGGAUCUGAUCUGCGAUAUAAUGUCCUCGAUCGUUAGCAAUAUCGAGUAUUACGAAGAAGUCAAUAUAAACAAGGAUCGUCUGCAUCACCUGCAGAUCAAUUUCCACGAGAAUAUCGACUGCAUCGAGAAGCUGUUGCAGCAGGAUAGAUCCCAGAUUCUGGGCAAUGUGGAGCGCAUCUACGAUCUCAUCGAGCGAGUUGCCGACCGACGCCCAGAGGCUUCCGUUCUAGCCCUAAUCGAGUACCGAUCCCGACGGGUUACAGCAACGCGGCCAGAUUGGCUUCAGGUGCUGGCCCAGUUCGUCCGGCGCUACUACCGCAUGUCCAACGUUAACGUGCGCAUUAAGACGAUCGAGGCUCUAGUUCAGAUUAUGGAUCAAAACCGUGCCUGCUAUGAAGAAGAAAUCCUUAGUCGCGUGGUGCUGGUGCACCUUUCCCAUAUUCAUCUGGAGUCGAGUGUGCAGGUGCGAGUGGCCGUGGCCCGGGCUCUUUCCAAUUUUGCCACCCAUUGCGACACGAAACGGUGCAUGGAUCUGCUAGAUAUCCUGGAGGCGCUCAUCAAUCGACCCUUUGAGCACACGCGGCAUGGAUCCUCAUCUGGAGAGGGUACACUUGCAGAAGUGACCUUUGGAUUGGUCAACAACGAAUCCGAGAUCUCGGAUAUUAUCGCCGCAGUUGAUGGUUUGGUCAAAGUGUUUGCCAUCAAGCUGCAUCGUCUGCCAGGGAUCCAUGCUCUUAAAAUAUUUAACAUUCUAAUGGACCACCUGGAACUGCACUACGAACGACCAAAGAUUUUCGAGCACAUAAGUGUUGUGCGCUAUAAAAUAUUUGCUUGGUUGCUGAAGGCCCGGGCCAACGGCUCCUACCAUAUUGGUUAUCCGGAGGGCAGCACCGAGGUGGUGAAAUUUAGUCCAUACCUGGGAAUUGAUUCACCACUGUUACCACAAGCCCACCCGACAGCGAUAUCCAUACGACGAGUCUGCAAGCUGAUAGUGAGGUGCCUGGAACACGACACCGAUUAUCAGGUGUUCCAGCUAGUCAUCAGGGAACUGCCGAAGGUGCUGCAGAACAAGGCGCUGGUGCAGGGCAAUGACAUCGAGGAGCUGGCCAACACGCUCCUCAAGAUCAAUUUGGUUAGCAACAACAAGUUCAAGCGACCCACCGAUGAGUUCCACGCCCUCGUUUUACCCGCCAUAGCUUCAUUGGUUAUCUAUCACGAAAGCCUGCAGCCGCAGCAGCACUACGGAAUUAUAACAGCUCUCAAUUCGAGGGUACUUACUGGCAUUGCCAGCGUCUGCAUCAACACCAUGACCAUCCUUAUACUAGAGAUGCCGGAGGCGUUGAUGCGAAAGCUGCCGGACGUACUGCUCCAAAUGAGUAAGAUGUCGGAUACGAAUGCGUUGGCCACUCCGGUUCUGGAAUUUCUGUCGUUGCUCAUACAUCUGUCCAAGCAUCUCUUCGCAAACUUCACUUCCAUGCACAACAUGUACGUGUUUGCCAUCACGCUGCCGUACACCAAACCGCAUCGCUACGAUCACUAUACAGUUUCCUUGGCCCACCAUGUCAUCGCUGGAUGGUUCCUUAAGUGUAAGCUGGAGCUGCGCAGGAACUGCGUUAACUACAUCAAAAGCUCGAUUCAGUCGAAUGCCAAGAUGUUGUCCAGCGACAUUGUGAACCUAAACUCCUUAAACGAGGAUUCAUCCAAUCGCAAGCGGAGCACCAGUCUAACUGAGCGCGGUAGUCGCAACAAUGCCAAUGCCUGGAACGAUCUGGAGAUGCGACCGCAAAUGAACAACGGUCUACGAAACUUCCACGCCGAACUGGCAGAGACGUGCUUUGAUUUCUUGGCGCGACACACUUAUUCGCCUUGUCCGUCGAUGCCCAAGCGUCUUCCAGCGGCGGAAUUCCUGCUGAAGGACGGCGUCUCGCAGACGUGGCUAGUGGGCAACAACCUGGUGACCAUAACCACCUCCGGCUGUCCGUCGGCGCCCGCGCGCAGUGGGCUUUGCGAACGAUGUGCCCAGCUAGGAAAGGCUCCCAGCAUUAGUCUGAACUCGAAGAGCCUCAGUGAUGCAGCUCCUCCACUUUCGCCAGAGCGGGAGAGACGAUACACCAAGGUGAGCCUGCAGCACAGCAGCGGCAACGAGUCGGCUGGCAGCACGGAGCUCACCUCCUCCUCGUCGUCGAACUCAGCAGCCGCAGGUGGUCAUCCACAUCGACAGAUUUCUAACAGUUCCACGGCAUCGCUAGACGCGCUUUCCCGUCGGGGGUCUAAUCCCGAAGCCUUGGGCAGUGCCUUGGGCGAGGGGGCACAUACGGGGAGCAACACCUCGCUCCUGGGAAACUCUUUGUCCCAAUCCUCCGUUAGCAUGAGCCCUUCGUCGGGAUCCGUGGUGCAGCAGCCGGUUUGCGUGCGCGCCUGCACUGGCUGGGCGGAGGUUUUGGUUCGUCGGCCCACGGGCAACGUAUCGUGGAUAACCCGCAUUCAGAACCCCAUCACCAACGAUUGCUUUGGCCAGGAGUUGCCGUUCAAUAAUGUGGUGUCGCUGUUUCUUCCCACUGCCCAUGGCGGAGUUUUUGGACCUGACAAUACCAUUCAGGCCCCACCACAUACGUUGGCUGAUCCCGAACCAGAACCAGAAGCAGAGGUUAAUGCAGCAACAGCUCCUCAGGCAAGUGCAUUGCGCAGCCGAAUGGUUGCCAAGGCUCGUGCCCUUCAGCGACAGGAAGAAAUUCACUCGGUCGGAGGAAAUGGAAAUGGCAACGGCAACGGUAAUGGUAGUGGAAAUGCUCCCAGCACUGGAGGUGCUGCUGCCAUACCCAUUCCGCGGGUCCCAGCAUCUGGAAAACGCGGCAAGGAGGCAGCUCUUUGUGGAAGUGUGAGUGAUGGUGAAGCCGACGAUGACUCCCUGGCCUUUGAGGAUGCUCAGAGUCGGGCACGAAAUCCCGUCCGACGGGUAAAUUCCAGCCCAGAGAUGAGUUCCAGUUGGCGGCAGUCGUUCCUAACCAACAAACCCACGCCACUGUCCCAGGAGCCCGUGAAAACCACCGCCGAUGAACCGCAAUCGCUGUUGACUUUGAAGAAGAAGACUGUUCAGUACAGCACCAAGGAUAUGCGUGUGAGCUGUGAGGCCAUUCCGGAGGAGAUCGCCGGCUCCACACCACCGUCGCAGGCCGCAGCCUUGGCCCUGCAGCCGGAAAGCGGCACCCUACCUCCCAAGCAGCAUUCGGCGGACGAUGUCAGCAGUCAUGUGGCUGGAGGAAGUAACUUGCAAGCAGGAGGGUCCACGCUAAAGCUGGGUAAACCACCGCUGUCGCCGGGGCAACCGCCUCUGCUGGGCACUGGUCGAGUGACCAGCUUUGGUGGCACCUCUGUUCCGCAGCCCGGUGCACUGGCAAAAUCGAGCAGCAGUGGCAGCAAUGGCACCAAUGUUGGAGUGAUAACCUCCGAUUACGACAACGGCAACAAUGGAAACGGAGACAUGAUGCGAGGUCGUUCGAAAACCAUUUCGGUGGUGCGUGAAGUGAAUAACGGAAAUACGCGUCCGCCGCCGGCCAGCAGUUUCCGGAAUUUCGGAGCCGCAAAGCCGCCCAUCAACACCAAGCUGUGCAUGAACCCGAGCUUUAUUUUCAUGCAACUGUACACCACUGGCCAGCUGGGAGUUACGGAUGAGCCUCUAAAGGUGGGUCCGGAAAACAGCAGCGCUGUCUCCCUUAUCGAUUUAGUCCCACCGUUCGAGACGCACAAGAUCGGCGUGCUGUACGUGGGCCAAGGGCAGUGCAACAACGAGGUGGAGAUCUUGCGCAAUUCGCACGGAAGUGCCAGGUAUGUGGAGUUCCUGCGUAACAUCGGCACCCUGGUCAGUCUGAAGGAAGCUGAGCAGAACAAUCUAUUUAUAAUGCUAGAUAGAAACGGAGCAGAUGGCAAGUUUGCCUAUAUCUGGAAGGAUGACAUACUGCAGGUUACGUUCCAUGUCGCUACGCUGAUGCCCACCAAUCUGCAGGAUGAUCCCAACUGCAACGAGAAGAAGAGCCACAUUGGCAAUGACUUUGUGAAGAUCAUCUACAACGAAAGCGGCGAGGAGUACAAUCUAAACACAAUAUCCGGCCAAUUCAACUACGCCUGCGUGAUCGUUGAGCCACUUGACCUGAACUCGAACAGGGUGUAUGUGAAGGCGCGAUCGGAGAUUUCGAAAUUCGUGUGCCACGCAGAAUACCGGAUAGUGUCCGAUCGCAGUGCUCCUCUUUUGGCCCGACAGAUGGCGCUGCACGCCAAUCUCGCGUCGCUAGUCUACCAAAGUGUGCAGAAAAAGCAUCCGUACGCAUCGAAUUGGCUAGAACGAUUGCGCAAACUAAAGCGCCUGCGAUCGAAGCUAAUUGAGGGCCUAAACAGCCAGCAAAAAUCCGGAAGCGCCUCGAGCGGCAUCGGAAUCAACGCCUCAGCCAUUGGUUCGGAUAUGGACGACCAGCGAGGUGACUUCAUUAAAUACACAUAGACAACAACGAGAGGCUCCCAACUGGACAACUAUUAAAAAAGAGCAGAGGACCUAUAGACGCAUCCUGCCAUGAUAUCUCUUGAUUUACGAUUUCAAUAUAAAGUCUCUCCAGACCAACAAAAG